ACUCCACAUAUAUGUGAUGAUAGAUUUUUAAAUUUUAAUAUAUCUAGCCAUAUUCAACAAAUAUCCUUACCAACAAUUCUAGAUUUAUUACCCAAGGAUAAAACCAAAUACUUUGAUUUUAAUAAAAUAUUACCAAAUAAAUCGCCACUAUUUUUAACCUUCUACACUCCAACAUGUCAAAGUAAAAAGUCUACAAAGUUUUCUGUUACAACACCCUCAGGAGGCAUAAAGUUUAAUCCAGAGGCCUUCAUGGAACUUCAGCACCUUAUUAGACCCUCCGCUUGCCAUGUGAUGUCCGACCUAGCGUUCAAUGAUAACGUGCCAUUGUCCCUCAACAGGAAUAAAAAGGCUUUGAAAAAUACUAUAGCUUUUUUGGAUGAGUGCAUACAAAUAAAGGAACGCGAAUCUGGAACCCUUCCUUUGUAUGGUUCCCUCUUAGGUGACCUAGACAUAGAAUCCAGAAAAAUAGCAGCCCGCGAAAUAUCCCUAAAGUUUUCACAUCUAGAUGGAUUCAUAAUAGAAAAUAUGACCCCUUUUGCUUACCAGAGUACGGUUAAAUUGGAUAGUCGAAACUUUAAAAUUCAAUCGCGAAUCAAGGAUAAAGAAGAAGAAAAUAAUAUAAGAAGGGAUGUAGAUACAAAACGAGUGAGUCAAACUAUCAAAAGUGUUAAUUCCGAAAAUGGCGAUUAUUUUACUUCCGACCAGAAACUCUUUAAAAAAAUACAAAAACGAGAUGGUAGAGGGGACUUGUUUUGCUUGGCAGAAGAAUUCACUGAUAUUUCUAAUACUGAAAACCUGAAGUUCUCCAAACAACAAGAAGAAAAUGGAACGGGCUAUAUUUCUCAAGAUACUAACCACAGUCAUGGAGGUCAAGCUUUAUUGAAUGGUUCAAAUGACGAUAGGACGGAUAGAUUCGCCUCUUUUUUGAGAGCUUCUAUUGAAGGCUUACCUGAAAACAAGGUAAAGAUUAUACAAGGCCCGUUUGAUCCGCUAAUGGUAAUUGAAGCUAUCAAGUGCGGUGUUGAUAUGUUCGAUAAUUCGUUGGCUUAUGUUUUGACCGAGAAUGGGGAAGCCUUAAAUUUUAGUUUUUCGAAGUCGACGGACCUUCAUGAGAUCGUUUAUAUAAAAUCAAAUUUGGAAGAAAAUUCCGAUAACGUUCAAAUAACGACGGAUUUGAAAGACAAUAUUUACAAAGCUGAUUUUUCACCUAUAGUGAAUGGCUGCGAAUGUUACACGUGCAGAAAUUACACCAGAGCCUACCUCAAUCAUUUGCUAAACUGUUCCGAGAUGCUGGCUUCCAUCUUACUCAUGAUAAUUCCAACUAAAUCUCCUUAUUCUCUGGAGGUCGUUUCUCAACCAAUUUUUCCCCCUUCAACCUCCAUUAGUUGCCUCAAGACGUUUUCGUUUGCCAAGUUUGGAAGUGGGUUCUACGGAUAUUUUUUCAGGAUCAAAAAAUACCAUUCACACAUAAUCUAGACACCUUAAUGGAUUUUUUCGAUUACUUGCGGCAGGCUAUCAAAACUGGGACAUUCCAUUCUGUUGAAACAUUAUUUCGUUCGCGC